AUGAGAGAGCCUCUAUGGAUAUUACAGAAGCGCUUCGUUGAUCGCCAGCUUCCUUUGCCCAUUGCGAAGGCCUAUAUCUACUACUUCCUUCUUGUUGGGCUUGAUUAUCUUCACUCAAAUUGCCAAGUUGUCCAUACCGAUCUGAAGCUGGGAAAUAUCCUCAUGAGUUUUGAAAAUGAAAACAUUCUUACUAGUUUCAUCCAACGAAAAGAAGCGAUGCAAUUCAAGGUUGAUGCCCAAAGCGGUCGGACUAUCUACCGCUGCCACAAAGACUUCGGUGCUCUUGAUGGAAGAGAAAUCAAGCAUAUGAUUCCUAAAAUAGCCGACUUCGGGCUCGCUACGAGACUUGAUAAGCCGUCUACCCAAGACGGCAUGGUAGGAGAGAAACUUGGCAGCUAUCCCAUUCAACCAGAUCAUUACCGCGCCCCAGAGGUAAUUCGGUUGUGGUUGGGAUACCAAAGCAGAGAUUUGGAACUUUGGUGUACUGGGCGGAACUGGCCUCAACUUGUCACGACAGACACUGGAGAACUUUGCAAUAACGCUCAGGAAUUCUUCGAUGGGCCCUUCUUCAACGCAGACAUUGAAUUUCGCCAUAAUGAAAUGGUCCCGCGUCGAGACUUGGAGGAUACAAUACCAUUUCUAGAAAAGAAGGAACAAAAUGCAUUUCUUUCUUUCCUUCGACAAAUGCCCACCUGGCUCCCAGAGAAGAGAAAGACGGCUCGCGAAUUGAUGGAUCACCCGUUUCUCACACUUGGGGACUCAUCACCAGCGGAAUUACUUGAUUAA